AUGGUAGCACGGGUCGUUGGCUUGCUACCUGAAAAAUACGUUUUGAAUAUUUAUGAGUUUAAUCCGGUUGUCCUAGAUCUUAAAACUUUCAUUGAAUUUCGUGGCGUUGUGUUGAUGCGAAAACUGAAAGAGUUUCAGAAGAAGACACGUGUCAGCAAAGCGUUCUUUUGGAAAGCGAAUAUCAAAAGAAACGAAGUUGUUGGAAAUGCUGUGAGGAAAACCAAUACUGCGUUGCACUUCAGAGUUUAUGAUUGUAAAGUGGUAAUGAGCAAAGAUCAGAUGCUGGCUCUGCUUCCUGUAGAAUGCUGUUACCGCCGUUUACAAUUAACUCAGCAGAAAUUUUUGACCGAGAAACUGGAGAAUCUGGAAAGCUUCAAAGAAGCUACGGUUCUUAACGGUCGUAGGUGUCCGCAUUGUCAGGAAUACUGCCAGCGGUUAGAUGGAUGUGAUCAUAUGACAUGCGCAUGCGGUAAAAAAUUUCGAUUUAGGUGCUACCAGAAUUAUGGCAGUUCUUUCUUACAUUACAAAUGCAAAAUACUGAAAUUGGAAAUUAUUCCGACACAACUUGACUUCAUUAAGCCUGUUCGUGUGAUCGCAAAAUCUGUUUGGAGCAUUCGUGAAUAA